AUGAGGCUGGAAAACCAGAGUGAUGUGUCCGAGUUCCUCCUCCUGGGGCUCCCCAUCCAGCCAAAGCAGAGGGGUGUGUUCUUCCUCCUGUUUCUGGGCAUGUACCUGACCACGGUCCUGGGGAACCUGCUCAUCAUCCUGCUCAUCCGGCUGGACUCUCGCCUCCACACCCCCAUGUACUUCUUCCUCAGCCACUUGGCUCUCACUGACGUCUCUUUUUCAUCUGUCACUGUCCCAAAGAUGCUGAUGAACCUGCAGACCCAACACCUAUCCAUCCCCUAUGAGGGGUGCAUUUCACAGACAUAUUUUUUCAUCUUUUUUGCUGACCUGGACAGUUUCCUUAUCACGUCAAUGGCCUAUGACAGGUAUGUGGCUAUAUGUCACCCUCUACUUUAUACCACCAUCAUGAGACAGAGCCUUUGUGUCAUGCUGGUGGCUGGGUCCUGGGUCAUUGCUUGUGCUUAUGCUCUUUUGCACACUCUCCUCCUGGCCCAGCUUUCCUUCUGUGAUGACCACAUGGUCCCCCACUUCUUCUGUGACCUUGGUACCCUGCUCAAGUUGUCUUGCUCAGACACCUCCCUCAAUCAACUGGUAAUCUUUACAGCAGGACUGAUAGCCGUUAUGCUUCCGUUCCUGUGCAUCUUGGUUUCUUAUGGCCAUAUUGGUGUCACCAUCCUCCGAGUUCCCUCCACCAAGGGUAUCUGCAAAGCCUUGUCCACCUGUGGAUCUCACCUCUCAGUGGUGGCUCUCUAUUAUGGAACAAUUAUUGGUCUCUAUUUUCUUCCCUCAUCCAGCAACACCACUGAUGAGAACAUAAUUGCUUCAGUGAUAUACACAGUAGUCACACCCAUGUUAAAUCCCUUCAUUUAUAGUCUGAGAAAUAAAGACAUGAAAGGGGCCUUACGAAAACUCUUGAGUAAAAAAAACAUACUCUUCUAA